AUGACGUUUAGAUUCAUUACCGUCCCGUUGAAAAAGCCAAUAUCUCGUAAAGAAAAACCAGAUGCCAAAUUUAAAAGAACGCCUUCAGUGGAAAAAAAAAUUGAAAAAAAAAGAGCAUUGUGUAUUUUGAGAAUUGAGUCGAUUUGCAAGGCGUUUGAAAAGGGUUCCAAGUACAAGGAUAUUUCUUGGCAAACAGAAGAAGGGAGGGAGAAAUUAGUUAAAGACGCCAUAGAUGCCGUGAAUUUAUAUGAGAAUGAGGUCGCCACCACAUUGUUUGGGUAUCCCGUCUUUGCAACCGAAUAUUAUUAUUCUUGGGGAUCAUCGUUGCUCGACAAUGGAGAUGUUUUCCUUGAUGAUUUCCGAUAUGACUUACAGUGCAUGUAUUUCAAUGUAGCAGCGAUUUUGAUGAAUAUGGCGGAAUAUUUGCUUUGUUGGCAGAUGACCCCUUACAAUGCAUCAAAGUUGGAAAAAGAGUCUUAUCGAUUUCUCUUACAGGCUGCUGGGUAUUUUUCUCUUCUUCAAGAAAUGGCUCAUGAUGUGAAAAGCUAUUGCGUUGGCACGACUGAAUUGAAACGCUCGGAAGAUCUCCAGGAAGAAAUUUUGGAAUUUUUACGCCUUGUAGCUCUGGCUCAGGCGCAGGAAAUUGGGGCGACCAAAGCUGUUGAAAAUGAAGUGAGCGGUGGCAAGUCAAUGGUGGCAAAGCUAUUAAAUCAGGUUGUGCAGUUUUAUAAGAAAGCAAUAGGAAUUGCUCAAGAGAGUAUUACCUCUUCCAAAAAUGAGUUCCUGCAUACAUUGACAUUUUCUCAGUUGAAAGUCGAUGUGUUUGAAGCAUUGACAUUUUCUUACGCAGCUUCUAGUAUAUUUGACAACAAUCCUAGUGAAGGUUUGUGGUUUCUCUCCCAGUCUGAUAUUUAUGCAAAGGUCGUCGUUAAUCAUCGUGACCAGGCAAGAAAAACAAAAAAGUCUAUACCUUUUCGUGGGGAAGAUCUUAUUCAGAAUUGCUGCGACGUUGUGCAGAAGAACUGCGAGCGAUGUACAAGGAUCAAUUCUUUAGUUCACCGAGUAAAACCUGCAGAAGGUCCACUAACUCUUCCCCCAGCUUACGAGUUAGCUCACAUGAAGGAGGUCAAACUCCCCGCAAAAUUUCCUCACCAGGUAACUCAACAAGCUCCAACGUUUUCUCCUGAAGGCACACAAAAUCAAAAUUGA